AUGGACGAGAACCCGUUCAACGCCGGCGGCCCGGCCGACGAGGAGGUUGAUCUCUACGAGUUGCUCAGUAUCGAUAAGACGGCCACGCCGGACCAAAUUAAGAAGGCAUACCGAAAAGCCGCCCUCAAGUACCACCCGGACAAGGUCCCCGAGGAACAGCGAGUCGAGUCCGAGGUCAAGUUCAAGGAAAUCACACAGGCAUACGAGAUCCUCGGCGAUGAAGACAAGCGUGGCCUCUACGACGUGCACGGCAUGGCCGCCUUCGACAAGUCUCGCGGCGGCCCUGGCGGCGCCGAGGUCGACCUGAACGACAUCAUCUCGCAGAUGUUCGGCUUCGACAUGGGCGGAGCUGGCGGCCCCGGCGGCCCCGGAGGCCCUGGCGGACCCCGACGACCCCGACGCGGACCCGACGAGGAGCAGCCGUAUAAGGUGACACUGGAGGAGCUCUACCGCGGCAAGACGGUCAAGUUCGCCGCCAACAAGCAGGUCCUCUGCAGCACAUGCAAGGGCUCUGGUGGCAAGGACAAGGCCAAGCCCGCACAAUGUGAGCGGUGCAAGGGCAACGGUAUCGUCGAGGCCUUCCGCCAAAUUGGCCCCGGCAUGAUGCGCCGUGAGGCCGUCGUGUGCGACCACUGCCAGGGCGCCGGCUCCGUCUACAAGGAGAAGGACCGCUGCAAGAAGUGCAAGGGCAAGCGCACGUCGCAGGAGAAAAAGGUGCUCGAGAUCUAUAUCCCCCGCGGCUCCAUGCACGGCGAGCGAAUCGUCCUUGAGGGCGAGGCCGACCAGCACCCGGAUCAGAUCCCCGGCGAUAUCGUCUUCACCCUCGUCGAAGAGCCCCACGACACCUUCACCCGUCUCGGGCAUGACCUCUCUGCUGAGCUGAGCGUGUCACUUGGUGAGGCCCUUGGCGGCUUCUCCCGAACUGUGCUUAAGCACCUUGACGGACGCGGCAUCCGCAUCGAUCGAGAUCAGGGCCAGCUCCUGCGCCCUGGUGAUUGCCUCAAGAUUCCCGGAGAGGGUAUGCCGAUGAAGCGCGGCGAUGCCAAGGGUGAUCUGUACCUGCUGGUCAAGGUCGAGUUCCCUGAGGACGGCUGGCUGAAGGACGACGCGGCGUACGAUGCUCUGCGAAAGAUGCUGCCCGCCGCCCCCAAGGACAUCGACGCCGACGAGGUGGACGAUGUUGAGUACGAGGACGACGCAGACAUUGAAAAGAUGGGCGCGACUGCAGGACACGGAUUCGGCGGCGAAUGGGAAGAUGAGGACGAAAUGGGUGGUGACGGCCAGGCGCAGUGCCAGACCCAGUAA